CCUUCACCUUUCAACUCUUCUCUUUCUCCCAGGCUUCAACGACUUGUUGACCUCUCCACUGCUUCACGUUUCUUCGCUUUUCGUAUUUCUUCGGUGAAAAUGGCGGUGGAUCUGAUGAGUUUCCAUAAUAUGGAUUAUCAUACGGCCAUACAAGAGGCUGCAUCGCAAGGCAUGAAGAGCAUGGAGCACCUCAUCACCCUCCUUUCUCAACAGUCGAACCUCACCGACUGCGGCGACGUUGCCGACCUCGCCGUCUCUAAGUUCAAAAAGGUCAUCUCACUAAUAAACAGAACCGGUCACGCCCGGUUCAGACGUGGACCGAUACAGUCCUCCUCGUUUUCCUCCCCGUCCUCAUCCUCUGCUUCUCUAACUGAUACUAAUUCCCACAAGGUUCUGUCUCAAACUCCGGCGGCCGUAAAACCGGCGCCGGUCGAAGCUCCAAGUGUGACUCCUGCUAGUUUCGUUCCGUCGCAUCCACAGAGUUUGACUCUCGACUUUACAAAACCUAAUUUCUUUAGCUCCAACUCUGAAAGUGCAGAGUUGGAGUUGGAGUUUACAAAGGAAAGCUUCAGCGUGUCCUCCAACUCUUUGUUUAUGUCUUCUUCCAUUACCGGGGACGGCAGCGUUUCAAAAGGUAAGCAAGGUUCAUCUCUAUUCUUGACCCCGGCGCCGGCCGUUUCUGCUGGAAAACCACCUCUAUCAUCUGUACCGUUCAAGAAGAGGUGUCGCGAACACGAGCACUCCGAGAACCUCUCCGACAGGGGAAAGUGCCACUGCUGCUCAAAGAGGAGGAAGCACAGGGUGAAAAAUGUAAUUAGAGUUCCAGCGAUCAGUUCCAAGAUCGCCGAUAUUCCAGCAGACGAGUAUUCUUGGAGGAAGUACGGGCAAAAGCCGAUAAAGGGGUCACCAUACCCACGGGGAUAUUACAAGUGCAGUACAGUGAGAGGGUGCCCCGCGAGGAAACACGUGGAGCGAGCCACGGAUGAUCCGUCGAUGUUGAUUGUAACUUACGAAGGGGAGCACCGCCACUCUGAAUCCACGGCGCAGGAGAACAUGGCUCCUGGUGCGGGACUGGUAUUCAAGUCAACUUGAUAACCAAAUAUAAUAAUUUUCUAGAAAAGAAGGAAGACGUAGACUUUUUGGAGUAGCUGAGAUGAGGGGUGGAUGUAAAUUUACUU